UCUACGUUGACGUCUUUGCUCUCUUGUCAUGGGGACCGGAUAUUCCGAGGGUGAAUCUACCGGUAGGUACUAGCUAUACUCCUCCUCGUCAACUGCGGGAAGCUGUUAGGCUAAUUAUGCCUAUCGCCCAUGUACCUUGCUCUGCCAUGAAAGUGGUGUGGGGAUGAAACUGUUUGGCGUGCUGGCAUAUCAACGCUCGUAGAUACGCCCCCAAGAUAAAGCUUCAUCAGAUAUGUAUCUUUAUAAUUGUAGCCCAUUGCUAUUGUCUACGACGCUUGUUUGGAUAAUAGCUCUUCCCGUUGUUGUCCAACUCAAAGAAAACUAUGGAAGGAUAAUGCGGAAAGUAGGGUGGGGUAUCUCAAAUAACAAAACUCCUGUAGAGGGUGAACCUGCGGCGCGGACAAGCUCGGAAAACCUCAAAAACGCCGACCCAUCAACCGUGUCUAAUCCCCUACCUAUGAAGCCUUUAUUGCUGGUCGUUUUUGCUCAAGCGGAAUGUCCCUCUCUUGGGAUAAUAUCGUCGACCUGGUUUAGCACUAAAUCGUAG